ACAGUCCAGCAGAACAGAAGUAGCGUACUAGCAUGGCGCUCGGUGCAGUUGGAGUUCCGUUGUCUCGUCUGUGUCCUUUUCAUGUUUUUCAUGUAGCUUUUACUUAAGUAUCUGACAGAGGUAUGUUUACAGUGUACAUUGUAUGCGUGUAAAGAAAAACUGUAGUUGUUGGAUAGUCCAGAUAAGUGGCUGGUAGAUAUCAGGUAGCUUGCUAACUAGUGACGUUAGCAGGAGGCAAAAAUUGGGAGAUACGGGGCAACAAGAGGAGGAGUCCUGUUUUGGAAGAGCUGAUGCAGAUGCCAUGGCCACAGCCGAGGUAUGGGAGUGACGUGACAGCACUUGUCCUGCUUCCAAACAAAAACCUGAUCAGCAUCAUGUUUUUCUGCUGAAGUUGAGGCAGAACGCACAGAGAAUGGACGAGUCAGUAUUGUUGGAUUUGCUUGAGUGCCCUGUUUGUCUGGAGCGGUUGGAUGCUUCGGCAAAGGUUCUUCCAUGUCAGCACACCUUCUGCCGCCGGUGCCUCCAAGGCAUCCUAGGCUCACGUGGAGAGCUGCGCUGCCCAGAGUGCCGGACGUUGGUGGAGUGUGCCGUGGAUGAACUCCCCAGCAACAUCCUCCUUGUGCGCCUCUUGGAUGGCAUCAAGCAGAGGCCUCGAAGGGCUGGCCCUGGGGCUGGAGUCUGCACAAAUGGGACGUCUGGAGCCGUGGCCAGGGCACACAGCAGUGGAACCAGGGACCAGGUCACCCCAGGAGCACAACCCCAGCGAGCUCAGGCAAAGAGCACCCUUGUCCGGGGUGUACCCCAGCUUCCUUGUGCCAAGGCACUCUACAACUAUGAUGGCAAGGAACCAGGAGACCUCAAGUUCAGCAAGGGUGACAUUAUCAUCCUGCGCCGGCAAGUGGAUGAGAACUGGUACCACGGGGAGAUGGGUGGAGUCCAUGGCUUCUUCCCCACCAACUUUGUCCAGGUCAUCAAGCCGCUGCCACAGCCACCACCUCAGUGCAAAGCUCUCUAUGACUUUGAGCUCAAAGACAAGGAGGCGGACAAGGACUGUCUGCCCUUCUCCAAGGAUGAUAUCCUGACUGUGAUCCGCAGAGUGGAUGAAAAUUGGGCAGAGGGAAUGCUGGGAGAUAAAAUUGGAAUUUUCCCCAUCUCAUACGUUGAGUUCAACUCUGCAGCUCGUCAGCUUAUAGAGUUGGACAAGCCGUCAGACUCCAGUGGAGACUCCGGUGAGGGGGCCUCCUCAGGGCCCCAGAGCAACGGUGCCCAGCGGGCAGGGGAGAAGAAGAACAGCAAGAAGCGACAUUCCUUCACCUCUCUCACUAUGUCCCACAAACCAAUGCUAGCCCCUCCCCCUCAGCGCCACUCCAUGGAGAUUAGCGGGCCAGUCCUCAUCAGCUCCAGCAACCCCACAGCAGCUGCCCGUAUCGGAGAGAUCAGUGGGGGGCUUUCCUGCAGCGCACCUUCACAGGUACACAUUUGCACAACUGGACUAAUCGUGACCCCACCCCCUAGUAGUCCGGUUACUACAGCAACUGUCUUCACAUUUCCCUCAGAGACAAGCUACACAUCCAUCCCUGUGGAUGCUCUCCCACCACCCCCACCUCCUCCCCCGCAAUCCUCUGCCGGCGGAGCGGCAUAUUCAUUGGCUGCCGGACAGAGACCCUCCCCCAGCAUAAGUGACCAAAGUGGGAGACAAAGACCCACAGUCUAUGUGGCAAUGUUCCCCUAUACUCCUCGCAAGGAGGAUGAGCUGGAGCUGAGGAAGGGAGAGAUGUUCCUGGUGCUGGAACGCUGUCAGGAUGGCUGGUUCAAGGGCACGUCAAUGCACACUGGCAAAAUUGGAGUCUUCCCUGGCAACUACAUGAGUCCAGUCAGCAGGACAGCGUCAGGGAGCACUCAGCCUAAAGUGCCCAUGAGUCUGUGUACUCAGGCUGGCAGAGGAGUCACCAUCGUCAGCCCUUCUUCUGCGCCCCUCGGGGGCAUUGUUCCAGGGCCUGACUUCAACAAACCCCUCACCGUGUGCUCCAGCGCUGUAUCCGCCAGCUCUCAGCCUGCAGCUGUGGUAACAGCAGCUCAGACAGCCACAGGACAACAGCCAAAAGUCCCAUUGCACGUCAGCUCCCAAAUGACUGUGAAUCAGGCUCGCAACGCGGUCAGGACAGCUGCAUGUCACAGUCAGGACCGGCCCACAGCAGCAGUGACACCCAUCCAGUCUUCAACACCUGUAACCUAUCUUCCACACCUUGCAGUGUGCCCACAGCCCUCCUCUAGCACUGCCCAGGGUUGUACCCGGGUCGGGGUGGCAAUGGGCUGCGCUGCUGCCUCUCUGACCCCACCCAAUGUCAGUGCUGCAUCAUUGGAGGGUGAUGCUUUGAGACCUGUAUCUGUCCUCACUGUGCCUGUUGGCCCUGGGAACAGCUCUGCUCUUAAUCCAACAAACAACGCAGCCCUCGCCUGCAGACUGGACAAGGACGUCAAGAGAGAAAAGAAAAGUCUUCUGAAGCUGCUGUCCUCCAAUAAGAAGAAGUCUCGUCCUUCACCCCCCUCCUCUCCUACCCUUGAGGCGGAACAGACUGCAGCUGGAGAGGUGCUACAUGGCGCCGUGGGGCAUGACACCUCCCCUCCCUCCGGCUCUGUCAGCUGCCUCGAGCCUGAACCUGCUGCUGCUGCUGCCGCUGCUGCUGCCGUUGCUUCUGCCUCUUCAUCCUCCUCAGUCCCAGACUCCUCCCAUCGGAAGAGCAGUCCCCUUGAUGGAUGUGCUCCCAUCGCUCCUCCCCCUCGCCAGCCGUGCUCCUCUCUUUUAUCUCAACAGCAUGAUGCACGGCCCAUCAUAUGUGAGAGGUACCGGGUGGUGGUAUCAUAUCCUCCCCAGAGCGAGGCUGAGCUGGAACUUAAGGAGGGCGACAUUGUGUUUGUUCACAGGAAGAGGGAGGACGGCUGGUUCAAAGGCACACUGCAAAGGAACGGCAGGACUGGCCUGUUCCCUGGCAGCUUUGUAGACAGCAUCUAACGAACAUACUACAGUGAACCGCGGUCACCACCAUCACGACCUGGGUGACCGCUGCUUGCCUCGCUACAGUUUGUCACUGUUCAAACCAAACAACAGAACAGCGCUCAGAACGUGGCUGAGACGGGAUCAUCGGAUUGACACUUUAACUGCUUAGAGCCCACCAUGGCUCUGGCCACUGAAAAGAACACCAGUGGCACAUGAGAGAGCUACAGAGAAGAACAGGAUAGAAAAGCACAGUGGACAGAGUUAGGAGGAGAGCACACUACUCAUGAACUUUUCUUUUUUUUGUUGGUUAUUUAUAUCUUUGUUAACAAUUCAGCUGUUUAAUGUGUGCCUUGUACUGUUCCUCACUUUAUUGUACAUACGGACACAAAGAUGAUUAGUCCUAAAACAACCAAUAUGAACUGUUGAUAUAGAUAUGUUACACAUUUUAAGUUAUUUCAUAGAUUGGCCUUUUUGUAGUGCAACAUAUUAAGGGGUUAAGCUGGCACAUGCCUUAUGCCAUAUUUUACCACAUCAGUUACACUUUUCUCCAUUACACUGCCAGUAAACAUUUUACCAUUAUUUUAAACUAUCAGAUAGCAGAUAGGAGAGGGUGUAUCAGAUACAGAUGAGCAGAACAAAUGAGCAGUGUUAUCAUCGCUUGUGCUGCAUGGUAGGAAGAAGGAUACAUCCCCAGCUCAAAAGGCAUUACCUCAACCUGAGGAUCAUAAGAGAGAUCUGCCGGAUUGCACAUUCGAGUAAACAAGCUACAAUUCACAGCCAUGUGAACAUUGCACAUCAGAAAAUAUUUCUCUGGGCCAAUCACAGGCCUCCAGUUUUUUCUCCUGGUGUGGCUGAGGCUGAAGUGCUCUAAGGACCGUUACCUGCAGUGAUUAAAUAUUUGCAUGUGAUUAUCAAAGCCCUCUCUGGGCAGACAAAGUGAAGAUAGAUGUGUUGCCAGGACUGUUUGGUCAUGCCUUUUUAAUAUGCGAAAAACACACUCCAAAUAGACUGCAGUCAAAUAUUGCUUACUUUGUACCUUCUUUGUGUUUACUGACCAGAGUAGCUGCUCUCCUAACCCCCUCGGCAUUAGCCAAACCCAGACAUAGCUCUACAUCGCAAGAGCGACAUAACAUUUCAGUAACAGUGCACAACAGAUUCUUUUCAGUGUAUAUUUAUGUUUGUUACAAAUUCCACAGAGGCUGACACCUGCUGCUCUUAGAGAGUCUCUCCUAUUAACUAACCUGGACACGCAGUGAGGCACGCAGUCCCCCUUCAGCAGGCUCUCGGUUUUUGUACACUAUAACUCAUUCCUAAUGUGACUUGUGGCAAUAAAAACACAGCUAGCUAAAGCACAGAAUGUUUGCCUAAAGUAACAUAUCAUUGCAUCACUUUACAGGAAGAGGUGUGUAGUGUCAUCCUGUUGAAUCUCAAAAGGUACAGUUUUUACUGAAAUCAAUCGCUUUGACCCCCUUGAUUUUUUUAAAAAAAAUGUUGUGGUUGGGUUUUGUUGUACAUUUCGUCUAUACAAAGUCUUUAAUGUUAAAAGGUGUGUUGACUUGAAUUACUGUAAGAUUUCCUUUGUGAUUGGAGGGGAUUUGGUCGUAGUUUUGGUGCUUGUAAAAACAAAAGGAAUGGUCAGUUUCAGAAUGAAAAGUUUAUUCUGUCAAAGGACAUGUCACAACGUAAUUCCUCUUCUCUUUUUAUUCAGUAUCAUUAAUGGCUGACCUCUGACUGACCUGAAGUCCUGUGAGAUCUGAGAGGGUAUUUAAACACUUUAGAGUUGAGGCAAUCACUGAAUCGUGCCAAAUCUGGCCUUGAGAAUGAAUUUACUGACUGAAUUGGACCCAGAGUUUCAGUGUUUUGUUUUUUUGCUUUUUUGUCUUUUGUUGUUAAUUAAGGGGGACCACUGUGUAACUGACUGCUGGAAUAUGUUAUAGUUUGUUUGAAAUUGGGAGAGAGUUUGGAAAAGUUUGGAUGGUACAAAUCACUGGUAGGGCCUUUUUAUUUUGGUAUUUCUGAAUUGGUACUUGCGUAGAAUUAACCUGAUGUUGCAUUGUUGUCUUGGCAAUCACCACACCAACCUCAGGCUCUAUGCUAAAACUGCUCCUCUGAGUGUCUUUUCAUUUCACUGGUAAGCCUUUAAUAAUAUACCCAUCAGACUUACUCCAACAAACAUGCACACAUUUCUGCACAUUUCUGCGCUUAAUAUUUCUAAUCAUACUGACUCUUGUUCAUGUUUUUCAUGCAUAGGCUGCACAGUUUAAAACCAUGAAGCAUUUCUUAUAACAGUUACUAUACUAUAUUUUCAUUUAUUGGAACAGAGGGCAACUUAAGUUUGCUUGAUUCAACUUAACAGAUUUUCCUCAUGCCAAGGUGACUUACUUGAUUUUUUUUUUUUUUUGUCUGUAGUUAGUCUGUUGUAUGUCUGAAAAUGGUGAAACUGAAAUCAACCUAUUUGGCACAAGUCUAUUAUGUGAAAAACAUUCUGAAGUAUUUGAGGGAAUAGCACAUUUUGUAAAAAUCUCUAUAACAAUAAAAGCUAAUGGUUUCCAUAA